AUGUCUGCCGCCUCUCCAAUUUUGAAACCAAUUGCUCAACGUCGUACAAUUUACGCUUUGAAACCAGUUUUGCCAUCCAAUGUUACUUUGAAGGAUAUCCAAUCCAUUGUUCAAGAAAUUGUCAAGGAAACCCCAUCUGCUUUCAACUCUCAACCAAACCGUGCUGUUAUCAUUACCGGUGCUACUAAGACCAAGGUCUGGGACAGUGUCGUUAAGGCUAUUGGUAAUGGGGACGGUGCCAAGAGACCAGCUUCCAUUAGAGAUGAAGCUUUCGGUUCCGUCCUUUUCUUCACUGACUCUAGUGUUACCAAGAAUAUGCAAUCUCAAUUUGCCAUUUACAAGGAUGCUUUCCCAGUUUGGGCUGACCAGUCCUCUGGUGCCGUUCAAAUCCAAGCCUGGACUGCUUUGGAAGCCAUUGGUUUAGGUGGUCACUUACAACAUUACAACCAAUUAGUUGAAGCUGCUUUACCAGCUGAUAUUCCAAAGAACUGGGUUUUACAAGCUCAAUUGAACUUCGGUGUUCCAGCUGCUCCAGCUGGUGAAAAAGAAUACGCCAGCAACCCAGUUAAAGUUUACGAAUAA